GUGACUGGCAAGGUCUCAUCUCUAGCUCCUGGGGAUCAUGGUUUCCACAUUCAUCAGUUUGGAGAUUAUGCAUCUGGUAAAAGAGAGGGAGGGGAAGGAAAGAGAGAGAGAGGGAGAGUAGAGGCAAUUUUAGUUUUCUUAAUUACAAGUUGUAAAUGUCACAGAUUGCAUGUUUGUUGUAUUGAAGCCCAGUACAUGAUCACCACAUGUACAGUACAUGCUGAUCCUGAUGAUCUUGGUAAAGAUGGUCAUCCUGACAGUCUAACUACUGGUCAUGCUGGAGCUCGUCUGGCCUGUGGGGUGAUUGGUAGCACCAAAUUACAAUAAACAACAACA